AAUAAAAGUCCAGUCCCAAACCCGGUCCGAACUAGUUCAUCGUGGACCGCUUAAUAUCCCUACAAGUCCUGAUUAUAGAUGGCGUAAUUCAAAAAUGGAAAUUUUAACAAUGAAAAUAAUUACCGUUA